AGCAAGCAAGGAGCCUGUGUUACUAUCUAUGCUGUAGCCUGGCGCACGACUGCAAUCCAUCCAUAACUGAACUCCAGCAAGCAGAACAAAUGGCAAAGCUGGGCCUCGUAGGCCUCGGCAACCUGGGGCGCGCGCUGGGCGAGCAGCUCUCGAAGGCAUCGUUGGUUGUCUUUGAUCGACAUGCUGCGAAGACGCUCGAAAACGCCGUGACUGUGGCGUCCGUCGCCGACGUCGUCGCGCGGUCGACGACUGUGGUGAGCUGCGUCCCGGACGACGCCGCCGCGACCGCGGUCGCCGACGAGCUCCUGUCCGCGGCCAAGCCCGGGCUUUUGCAUGUCUCGGUCUCGACGCUGUCGCCCGUCUGCGCGACAGACCUCGAGAGGAAACAUCAGGAAGCAGGCGUCGGCUUCGUGGCCGCCCCGGUCUUCGCCCGGCCGGAGAACAUGCGCGCGGGCCAGGCCUCCUUCGCCCUCUCGGGCGGCGACGCCGCGCUGCGUCAACGCGCGAUCGACGAGGCGCUGUCCCACGCGGCCCCCGCAGAGCGCUGCUUCGACUUUGGGGAUUCCGCUGGCGCCGCCGCGGCCGCGAAGCUGACGGGAAACUUCAUGAUCGCGGGGGCGAUCGAGGCGCUGGCCGAGGGUCUGGACCUCGCGGAGGGCCAAGUUCGGCGUGGAAAUCAACCCGUGAGUGCAAUUUGCGCCGAUGGCGUGGAGGAAGCGCCGUGAACGUCGAUUCGCGCACAGGCCACGGCCUCGACCGGCAGCAGGUGCUGCGCAUGCUGACUUCGACGAUCUUCGACUGCGCCAUCUACCGAGGGUACGGUGAUAGGAUCGCCCGCCGAGACCAUUCGGAAGGAGGGUUCAGCAUGGCAAACGGCCUCAAGGACGCGCGCCUGAUCCGCGACGCCGCCGCCGCGACUCGCACGGCGAUGCCGCUGGGGGCGCAUCUGGCGGCCAGUUUCGAAAUCGCGGCGAUGGACCCGAAUAUUUCGCAUUUGGACUGGAGCGCCCUGGCGCUACACGUCGCAGGCUUGGCGGGCGCGCCGCCCACGCCAGCGCCGCCGGGGACGCGCUGGGACGGCCACCCUUCGAGCAGCGCCACGUCGCGGCGAUAGCGUGGUGUCGCGCACGCCACCCGCGGUCCGCUAGAAGUCUAUAUAUUUAACUGUGAAACCUCAU